AAUGGUGAGCAUUUUAUUUACCCACCAAAUUUGCCCAUGAGCAAAUAAAAUGCUCACCAUUGGCAUUGCUCUAAGGAGAGGGGUAGUUGAGAAAUUAGCUCGUGACUCGAUAACCUAAAUGUACCAGCCGGCCGUUAUGUGAAAGAAUUCCAACCCCAAUAAACGUCAUUUAUAACCAUGCGAAACUUCUCUUUAAGAGCCCAAUUCUUACACAAUUCCAGAAUUUCUUCGACAGAUUUUCUUCCACUAGAGUAAAUUCAAGGGAAUUCGUAAGUUUCAUACGAAAAAAAAUCUAGCAAGCAACACCAUAAUAGUCGGACCAACUGAACCCUCAGAAAAUCGCGGAAAUUCGAGAUUCUGAGGGUUCUUCUAUGGUCGAUUGAUUAUUGAACUACUCCGUAUUGGGUUUAUAAUGGAGCGGGAGCCCUUGAGUGUGGACGCAAUGGCGAUAUGGAAGAAUAUGCAGCAACAUGAGCAAGAACUUUGGCAUAAGAGAAAGUUCUUAAUGGGCUUGUCAGAAAUGGACUAUAAUGAUCAGAAUGUGAGUUCACAUGCUGGAAAACAGUGAGUUGGUAUUGCCAGAGUCAUUUUUGAGGAAAGAUGAUGUCUUCUAUGAAGAUGUCAAAAUUUUUGUUGAGAGGGGCCGUCUUCAAACAUCUGAUACUGAAGAGUGGCAGAGUAUAAUUGAUGAGGAGGAAUUCUGUGAGGCACACAACAUGUCAAGAAUUAUUUUGACCAUGCUUGAUGACUUGUCAAACAGUGGGUUGUGCCAUCUAGCCAAGAUAGUGACAAGAGGUUCAGCUGUUUUUAAUAAAACUCGUCCACAAAUGGAAAGAGUUAUUAAAUACAGCUUAGAAGAAUUACAUAGCAAUCGGUUAGAUAGCUGUAAUCAAGUCCAAAUGCAGAAUCAGCUAUCUCAGUUGCUGAAGAACCCAAAGAAUUUUCGCCAGAACCGUAGGAGACACAUAAAAUUGACUAGGAAGUCUCUUAUUAGUACUUUUGAGAAGGUUCAGCUUCAAAAUAUUCCUGUACGGAUCCUGUCUGCAAUGUAUAGGAGGUUGAAAGGGACAAAAGGGAUCAUGCCACAAUUGCGCCCUCGUUGGUCUGGAUGGAACAGAAAAAGUUUGAUCAAGCAAAUGGAGAAAUUGUGGCGUAGGAUGAUUGAUCAACUUGAUGAGGCAGAUAAGCUACAGGACCCUUUAGUCAAAGCAAUGGCAGUUCCUGGUUUAUAUUCAAGAAUCGCAUCUGACUAUCAAGAUUUUUCCAUGGUCAAAUUUAUACAUGUGCCGCCAGAAAUGGAAGCAUUACAGAAUGAGAUAGUAAAGGCUAUUUGUUCUCUUGAUAAGAGAUACAAGAAAGAAGAAUUGAAGAAAUUGCAGCUUUUGUUGGACCCUGAAUCUAAUGUGGACGUUAAUGGCCUAAGAAAAGCAAUUAGGAACAUGUUGAUUGACUGUCUCUUUGAAUGCAGUGAUAUGGAAGCAGUUCCAAACUCUUUAUUAGAUGCUCUGUCUCUUAUUAAUAAGAAGUCCUGUAAUACACGUAGGUUUUCUUCAAAGGUGGUUAUUGAGGAUGAGGUGGAAUGUAUAUUGAAUGUGGGUGCUCAUAUAAAGCAGCUUUUGUGGAAUUGUGCUCCUGUUGAUAGACUUGACCAAGAUUUUGCGGAUGCAUACAUGGAGGAACUUGAAGAAAGUGACGAUGGAGAUAUUUUUGAUGAUGAUGACCAGCAGCUGCAUCCAAAUUCAUUGGAUGAAAUUCAGAUUAGGUUCAAUGACUUCAGUGAAGAGGUUGCUAGUACUGGAGAUGCAUAUCAUUGCACUUUUAGUUCAGCAACAUCUACAUACAAAGAUAAUUCUGCUUCCAGGUCAUGUUUUAAGGCUGAAAGCUUUACUGUUAAAGAUGAAUGCUGGGAUCAGACUGAGAUUAAUGAAGGUGAAAUGCACUCUAAUGCUGGUGGUGAUGUUGUAUCCCCUCUUGUUUCACCUAUCUUACAUGGGAAAAGUAAUAUUACGGGCAAAAAGGACCCUCCACAUUAUGCUUCAGUGGAUACUGUGAAUCUUGCUGGUAAAUGCUCGAAGAAAAAUUCAGUGCCUAAAGACCAGAGAAACCGUUAUGUAGCCAUUCAAGAAGUUUGUGACCAGGCAAGUUUAGUUGCAUACCAGCUUAUUGGACGUAUUUUGGCAGACUUUGGACAGAUGGAGGCAUUGGGUUUAAGUUGGGAGGAUGAAACAUAUCUUAGAGGCGAGUAUACAAUGUCAAAAAAAAGUCAAGUUGCUGGCUCAAAUGAUCAAGAUGGGAGUAGUUCAAUCAUUGUUCAAGCAGUUCGUGAAGUCAUACCUUCAUUCCCAAAUAGCCAACUGGAGACGGUGAAGAAGUUCAUGAGCUCAUAGUGGAGGAACUAUGAGUCACACUGUACCUAGAAAUUAGGAUUGCUCAGCUCAUAAUAAGUCUUCUUACUCUUUCCAUGCCUUCAGAGCUGAAGUCCCCCUUCAUUUUCUCUUGGUUUUCUCCAUCCCUUGAGAGUGAGACUGGGUUGGUCUUGUUCUCUGCACUUCAUUUUUACUGAAGUCAAAAAUUCAUUUUACUGAUUAAAGUAUUUUCACUGAUUAAAACUGAUUUUUCUUAUUGAAACUAUAUGAUUUUUAAAAGUUCAUUAGUGUUUUUAGAAUUACAAAGUUACUGAUUAGGUGUGAAAUGCUAAUUUGAAAUUGUUUUGUAUGAAUCAAAAUUGAUUUGAACUGAUAGAUUUUUACUGAUGUGAAGAGUACAAAGCCUACUUGGGAUGGAGUCAUAAAGAACGAACGAGGACACACAAACGCAAGUAUUAUCUAGAGCUAUUUUGAAAACAUAAUGAGUUUUAGAAUAUGAAUAGUUGAGACAAUGUGAUUAUCUAUUUAGUAUAAGAGUAUAUAGGUAAUGAUUUUGGUGAAAGGGGUUAAUUUAGCCCUUAUAUACAGUUACUAUAUUUUUUUGAAGAAACAGUUACUAAUAUUUUUUCAACAAUGUAGAGCUUCAAUGUUGGAUAUUAAACCAGUAUUUCAUUGAAAUUCCAUAUUUGCAGGGAUGAA